AUGUACGCCUUGCUCACGCAUCAGAUUGCUCACUCUCGAAUUACUUCGACACCACUCACGUCUCCUUUAUCCUCCACCAAGCACUCGAUGCGUUUGCCAGUCACGGCUCUUCUGCUAUCGUUGGCAUCGCUCUCUUCGGUCACUAACGCGGCCGAGUGUACCGACUCGGAAGCGACCUACGCCAACUCGCUCUGGGAAGACGCUGCCGCCACGUCCGCCUGUGCACAGUACGUGGUGGCAACGAAUCCCGUCUACAUCAAUGCGCCAUGCACUGCGACCGACUGUGUGGGCGUUAUGGAAGGCGUGGCCGAGAACCUGCCGUCCUGCACAUUCAGCGGGGUCAGCAACAAGAUCGAGCUGCAGAACGCGCUCACAGUCUGCAACGGAGGGAACACAGAAGACGCUGGAUCUCCCACGACCGUGACAGAAGCUCCAAUAACUCCAACAUCUACGACGUCAACAUCUAUGUCGUCGUCCACUACGGACUGUACGACGGAUGAGUACACACGCAGCAGCCGCCACGUCCGCAUGCUCACCGCACUCGUCCUCUUCGUCGCUCUUGGUAACCUUUGA